AUGGCCAGGAGAUCGGCGGCGAAUAUCAGCGCGGAGGAGUUCUCCUUCGUCAGCCCGGUGGUGAAGUAUCUGCUCUUCUUCUUCAACAUGCUCUUCUGGGUCAUCUCUCUGGUGAUGGUGGGAAUCGGAGUGUAUGCUAGACUCUUGAAACAUGCUGAGGCUGCUAUGGCUUGUCUUGCCAUUGAUCCUGCUUUACUUCUGAUAGCAGUUGGUGUUUUGAUGUUCCUCAUUACCUUCUGUGGAUGUAUUGGAUCUCUACGGGAAAACAUCUGCCUCCUUCAAACUUUCUCAAUCUGCCUGACAAUAGUCUUCCUACUGCAGCUGUCUGCAGGCAUCGUGGGCUUUGUCUUCUCUGACAAGGCUCGGGGAAAAGUCAGUGAAGUGAUUGGCAAUGCUAUUGUACACUACAGGGAUGAUCUGGACUUGCAGAAUCUCAUAGACUUUGGCCAAAAAGAGUUUAAUUGCUGUGGGGGCAUCUCCUACAAGGACUGGUCUCAGAACAUAUACUUCAACUGUUCAUCAGAAAACCAAAGCAGAGAACGUUGCGCAGUGCCAUAUUCCUGCUGCCUGCUGGAGGAAGAUGAGACUGUCAUAAAUACUAUGUGUGGACGUGGCAUGCAAGCUUUAGACUAUUUGGAAGCCGGAGAAUACAUUCACACCAAUGGCUGCAUUGACCGACUGGUUAACUGGCUGCACAGUAAUCUUUUCUUGCUGGGCGGGGUGGCACUGGGACUGGCCAUUCCUCAGCUGGUUGGAAUUCUUCUUUCUCAGGUUUUGAUUAACCAGAUAAAAGACCAAGUAAAACUUCAGAGGUAUAACCUACAGCACCGGUCAGACCCUUGGUAUUGA